AGAAAAAAAAAAGGAAAAUCCCCUUCUCUCUCUCCUCUUCUCCCACCCCUUUAACUUUUUUUUUCCCCACUUUUCUUGUUCUCUCCACAAGGAGCCAAAAGCUAACCGCUGCUCCAAUUUCUCAGGGAAAAACAAAAACAAAAAGGAAAUAUCUUUCCUUUUCCCUUCAUUUCUUAAUCUCAAAAAGCAAAGAAGAAGAAGAAGAAAAACACCCAUUUUUUCUCUCUUAUUAUUGUUAUUAUUAUCAUCAUCUCUCUCAAUCGUCUAGUUUUCCUUUGUACGGAUGAGACAUGAAGAAACCAAGAAAUGGGCAUUCCAUCGUGUACGUGACAUGUCGAAACGACUGCAAUAAUGGCAGGAACGAGUCUGUCAAACCCAACAGAGACACUACCAUCAAGACCAAGAACAACAAAAACAACAACAACAACGACAAGAACAAUUUGCUCAAUGGAAAGAGUAUCUAUGAGCUCUCCUUGUCUGUUAUUAUCUCCCUUUGGUUUCUCAUCUUCUUGUUCUACUUUCGACUUGGUCAUAGCCAUGAAAAUGGAGGAAAUUCACGUCCUGAGAACCAAACAGCAUGUUCUCCUAGUGUUGGUCAUAAUGAAAAGCUUUGUAAUGAUGCAAAUACAGAAGAUAAUUGUACGAAUCGAAUGUUGUUAGAGCUUAAUAAGUCAGUGAGUUAUAAUAACUCCACUUAUCAGAAGUUUGUGAAGUAUGAAUACUCUUUCUGCAAAACAAGCAGGCUUGAUGAAGUGAUUCUCAAAGUUUUGGGUUACACUGCUUUUUGUUGCGACAUAGUUGAACAGGAGGAGCAUAAUGUAAGAAAAGAAAUGGAACAAUCUAAUCUGAAAAGCUCUUCAGCUUAUCUCAAAUUCGAUGAAUUCCGGAAUAUAACAAGGCAAGCGAAAGAGGGUGAUCCUCCGGGUACGUUUAAGAUCACUCAUCGUCUUGAAUCCGAUGGUUCUGAGUACAAUUAUGCAUCUACAUUGAAAGGUGCUAAAGUGGUUGCAUAUAACAAGGAAGCAAAAGGUGCAAACAACAUAUUGGGAAAAGAUCAUGAUCAAUAUCUAAGAAAUCCUUGUACCGUGGAAGGAAAGUAUGUUGUGAUUGAGUUAGCAGAGGAGACAUUGGUUGAUGCUGUUAAAAUCGCUAAUUUCGAACACCAUUCUUCGAAUUUCAAGGAAUUCGAGUUGUAUGGUAGUUUGAAUUAUCCAACUGAUACAUGGUCUCCAUUAGGAAAGUUUGUUGCUGCUAAUGUGAAGCAAAUUCAGACCUUUACACUAUCAGAACCAAAAUGGUUGAGGUAUCUGAAGUUAAAUCUACUAAGUCAUUACGGUUCGGAUUUUUACUGCACGCUGAGUGUUGUAGAGGUAUAUGGUGUCGAUGCAAUCGAGAGGAUGCUCGAAGAUCUAUUUGUUCCAUCCGAACAACAUGUCACGAAAUCAACAGAUUCUAAUUCAACAGGGCCUUCUGUAAAAUCAGAUGUGAGUUCCCAUGAGGGUAAAAGAAAUGACGAGGCUCAAACUGCUGCUUCCGGGAUAGACAAUGCCGAGGAUGUUCAAAAGCUCAAUGAGACUGCAACGAAGAAUCCAGUUACCACACGAAGGAUUCCCGAUCCUUUAACUGAAAUUAAACAACUACCUGUUGGUAGAAUUCCUAGUGACACUGUCUUAAAGAUAUUGAUGCAGAAAGUGAGGUCUCUUGAUUUGAACUUAUCUGUUUUGGAAGAGUAUAUCAAAGAAUUAAACCGAAGAGAAGGCGAUGCGUUACCGGAGAUCAAUUCCGAGUUAUCAAGAAUUUCUCUACUUUUGGAGAAAAGCAAAACAGAAAUAAAAGAUCUCAUGCAUUGGAAAGAAGCAAUGGAAAGAGAAUUUGCAGACCUUGAAUCAUGGAAAGCUGUGGUUUCUUCUAGUAUAAGUACAUUGUUUAGAGAAAACAGCAUGUUAAGAUUAGAUGUUGAAAAGGUUGUACAUGAUCAAGCAAGUUUGGAGACAAAAGAACUUGCUGUAUUAGCAGUAAGUCUUUUCUUUGUUUGCAUUGCCAUUCUGAAGUUAGUUUCGAGCCGAGUCACGAUGUUUUUGGGAGCCACCGAGCGGUCAGAAAAGGUAUACCAGACGAGCCAAGGUUGGGUUUUGAUACUUGUUAGUAGCAGUAUGACGAUAUUCAUUACUUUGCUGUCUGGGUAAACUGGGGUGUGGUUGGUAGAGAUACACAUUCUUUGAUUAGCAUUUAGCUUGAAAAAAAACCUCAAUGUAACAGGAGUGUAGUGUUUUGCUAUAUCAGGGACUAUGACUUUGUAUCAACAUUGUGAAUAUUUUGUCUCUGGUAAUUCAUCUGUUCAUCUGCAAUCUUUACCUAA